CGUCAUUUCAUCUGGCUUUGUGCUGGUAAAGAAUCCGCGAGCAUCUUUAACAAAUUUUCCACACCACGAUAUCGCCAACACACGCAACAAAGAAAGAAGCACACAGCAAGCACGAUGAUGAAGGUCGCUGCCGUUCUUGUAGUUGCCGUGGCCGCCGUGGCCUCGGCCGCUCCGCUCAGCCCCUCGCCUCCCACAUACCCCAUUCGCUGGCAGGCUACGGAGAACAUUGUUUUGCAUGCUGGUGCCCAGAAGCAGGUUGGCACAUCGGUCUCCCACUUUGACGGCCCCAACAACCGCACGGCCAUCACCAACGCCACCCACAGCAUGUACGACACCAUCAUCACCAACUGGAACGAGAACCACGGCGAAGGCAAGGUCUACUACAUCCGCACGUACGGUGGCGAGCGUCACUGCCAGUUCUGGUGCCCACCAACCGUGCCGUUUGUGUGCGACGCCGCCGAUAGCCUGUGCUCUUACGACUACAAGAACAAGGCAAAGUUCUUUGGUUCCGAGGUCGUCGAUGGCGUGCAGACGAACAAGUUCUACUGGACGGAGAACCUGGGCCCCAUCCCCAUGAACUCGCUCAUGCUGUACACCGCCGCCAACUCUGCCCAGCCCACCCCUGUCCGCAUGGUGCGCUUCAUCCAUCCCUUUGGCAAGGACAUUGGCAACAGCACCAUCGACUUCUCCGACUUUAAGGCCGUGUCAAGCUUCCCCGAGUCGCUGUUUGACCUUGGUCCCGACGCCAAGUACGACUGCUCCAGCCCGGACCCCGCCGACCAGUGCCAGGAGGAGGCAAUCAAGGCUGCACAGCACCAGGCGCCCUUCCUCUCCUUUGGCCCCAAGAAGGUCGAGGCCUGAAGUGCUCCGCCCGCUCAACCCAAACACCAAUUACCACCAGCACCCAUUCACCUGACGGUGGCGCGACAAGACAUGAUUUGCCGACACCACCACUGUGCGCGUUUUUCCAAUCAGUUUUCUGUCUCCUGUCUUCCACCCGUACCCCCAACACCCCACUCGCCUUCUUCCACACACAGUCCCCUCCAACCAAUCAAUACACAAGUCAGUUCACACACG